CUGGGUCAUCUCUGAAGAGAUGGCGAAAUUCAUCUCCAGAGCUUCGACGGGCUGCAGGCGGAAGGCGCUGGAAGGGGCUCGGGGCGACCGGGCGGGAGGCUGCGGGCCGAGGAAGACCAGUGGGUACUCGCAGGAACUCGCUCGCCGCCACGACGCGCCCAGCACCUCCGAGCGACUGACCGACCUCCACGCGCGUCCCGAACACACUGCCACCGCCGCUGCCGCUGCCGCUGCCGCCGCGCGCGCUCGCGCCGCACUCCCUCGCACGUCACCACGUGCGCUGCCGCCAACGCCUCCCGGCCGCUUCCGGCUCGGUAGACUGAGCGAAUCACAGGCGAGCUCCCGGGAAGAUCCCGCUCUAAGGCUCCGCCCACGGACAGGGCCCCGCCCACCUCAUAGCUCUUUUCCUCAGCCGCCCCCUCCUUCCUUCUCGGCUCAACUAGGAACUGGUUCCCUCCUGCCUCUUCCACCUGCCCUACCUUCUCCAGAGAUCCGACGUGGCGAUUAGAGUUCUCAGCGUCACACUGACUUCUAGGCAACCAGCCUAGACUGGAGCUGCCUGUUGUGGGAACCCCGCGGCAGUAGUUGGGCAUCAGGCUCUUACCUUGGAGGUGGAGGGGUGAGAAGAAUGGAGGAAGAAGGGAUAAGUCAGAGGAGGGCCUGAACAACUAGCCCCUCUAUUGGCCUGCUUUGGGUGAGCGUUCAGUGAGUGUGUAAAAAAAAAAAAAAAAAAAAUGGUGAAAGAGAGAGUAUCGGUGUACCAUAAAAUGCGUGUUCACUUCUA